UUUAUUCAGUACAGCAGAUCUUCUGGAGAGAAUCUAGUUCUCCUCCUCUCACACAAUAUUUUAUACAUUUUAAACACAAAGACAACAAUAAACGAUUAACUACAGUUUCAAUGGCUAUAAUCACCUAAUUAACUUUAACAUUUACAAUAUAGACAGGUUACUCUGCGGAAUUAUAUAUUUACGAUGGUAGCACAUCCCAACUAGCAGAAUUCUUUGAGUAUUCAAAUACUGGUGGCUGGUCUGAAUGCUUCUGAGCACAAACUCCAGACAUCCAAAAUAUACCUCUUUUGUUACAGUAUUGAGGGAUGGCUCCCUGAAUAUACAACUUGCCAGAAUAUUAAGUGGCAAAACAGGCCUGUCCUGAACUGUGCAUUAAGUGGCAGGGAUACGCCUUUAAUGAGGCGUUAAUGCAGGAGAUGACCACAUGAUGCCUUCUCUGGUGUUAUCCUGAAGUUUUCAAUGAGCACCAAUUAACAUGAACAUUCAUCUUUUGUCUUCCCCUGUGUAGCUUCAAUGGUAAAGAAUCAGAAUGUCCACACCCAAUGAGUGGUUUCCAAUCGUUCCCAAUAUUGUCCUUAAAAGUAUCAGUUGAAGUUAAAUUGUGAACAGGUUUUAUUUCCUGAGGACUGGUUCUUAUUUUAAUUAAUCCAUAAUUAUGCUAUCCAUAAUUACAUGACUCCAGAAUAAAAGAUAGAGUAGACCGCGGUAUUUUUGUCCCAGUGUCGAAAUGUCUUAUACUAGAGGGCAUGCAUUUAAGGUGAGAUGGGGAACAUUCAAAGGAGAUGUGUGGGGGCAGGCUGUUUACACAAAGAGUGGUGGGUGCCUGGGAUGCAUUGCCGGGGGUGGUGGUGGAGGGAGAUAUGAUGGAGGCAUUAAAGAGGCUCUUAGAUAGGCACAUGUGUAUGCAGAAAAUGGAGGGAUAUGGACAUUGUGUAGGCAGAAGGGUUGGGUGUCAUUUGCUUAAUUAAUUCAGCACAACAUUGUGGGCCGAAGGGCCUGUUCCUGUGGGGUACUGUUCUCUGUUCUAUAGAGCAAAUUCAACAAUGAUUUCUAUUUAUAAAGCGGCUUUUAAUAGGCAAAAUGUCUCAAGGUGUUUCACAAGAGCAUUAUCACACAAAAAUACUCAACAAACCCCAUAAUGAGAUCUUAGAUCAGAGAAAGGGGCUGCAGUUAGCAGUCUGAGAAAAGUGCUUCAUUGAUUCAAAGAGCAUUCUGGGAGUUGUUAUAUAAAUGAAAAUCAUUUUUUUAAUGUAUGAUAGAAGCAUUUAUCUAUAAAAUUAUGACAGGCUUACAUAGGGUAGAUAUAGUCUGUUUCUGAUGGUGGGAAUGUCUAAAUCAGAAAUUAUCACUUAGAUGAUGUGAAAUUUGUUUUGUGGCAGCAAUCCAGUGCAAAGACAUAAAAUUACUAUAAAUUACCCUAAAUUAAAUAAUAAAAAACAGAGGGCAUAGGUUUAAGGUGAGGGGGAGGAAGUUUAAAGAGAUCUGAGGGGUAUUUUUUUUAACACACGCACACAGAACAGUUGGUAUCUGGAAUGAGCUGCCAGAGGAGGUCGUGGAGGCAGGACCGGUAACAGCAUUUAAGAGAAACCUGUGGACAGGUACUUGUCUUUGAACUGUGCUGCUGCCCGAAAACAACAAAUUUCACGUCAUCCAAGUCAGUGAUAAUAAACGUGAUUCUGAAUGAGGGCACAGAGAUUAAUAGAGGCAGGUGGGGUUAGUAUACGACGCCGAAGGGCUUGUUUCUAUAAUUCUGCGGCUCUAUGACCGAGAUCGUUUCCAGAUGCCAGUGAGGGAGCCAGGGGUAACCCCGGUGUAUCCUUUGGGUUCUGCUCGGUGACGUCACCAACGUUGCCAACGCGAUGCCGUUGCCAUGGAGGCGGCGCCUCUGACGCGCGCCGGCCCUGACGCGGCGCCACGCCCCGCCCCGCCCCUGCAUGGUGACGGUGGGAAACCCGUUUAGUGCCGCCGCCGCCGGACGGCACGAAACCGGCGCCAUUUUGUCAUCGCUCUUUGGUCGUCGAGGCCGCUUCAUGUGUCCGUGACAGGGGGAAAAAAAUCCACUUACACACGCACGCACAGCGCAGCAGCUAUCUAAUUUAAACGAGAAAUAUUUUCUGCGCCCUGUUAAACAGCUUCUUUGCCUCGCAGAUCCGUUUUUUAAAACAAAAUAUACAUUUUAAAAGUGGCGAGCGAGGCCUAAGGGCGGAAGACGAUCCGGAGCAGCAAGGCCUGAAGUCGAGGGAUCGCAGCUCGGCCGAGGAGAGAGAGAGCGAGAGAGGGACACCGCCAGCGUCCAGACCCGGCCGCGAUCGUCAGUCCUUUCAUUUAAAGGUUAAAGUCGGCCUGAGACAAAUUACAUGAAAUGGGCAAUUUCUCAUUUAAUUUAACUAAAAAUAGCCACUAAAAUAUCAGUGCAGAUACAUCUUUUGCCACAGUCCUUUUAACAGUGCUUGUUACACCAGUGAAACAUGAGUACACAACCAGGGUGGCAGUCGGAAAACAUGGCAGAUGACUUGGAUAUUGAAGCAAUGCUCGAGGCACCAUACAGAAAGGAGACUUGCCUAGUGAUAUCACAUCUCUACUACCAUGAAUACAGCUUUGAUUCCAGUCUGAACUAUCAAACAAUAAGGGCGAGAUGUGUGAGAGAGGUGACCUCAAGCUCUUACAGUCGCACCCUUCCAGCACAAAUGGGCGAAGACGUGAGGAACAGGAUUGGUCGCAGGAAAUCAACUGUGGCUCUCAGCUAACACAGCCACACAUGUCUUAGGCACACUUAUAGCACUGGUACUGAUCGGAUGAGAACAAAUCGAGCAAAGCCAAUGGACAAGAGGAACGUAGUAAAAAGAAAAAGAAGAGCCGAAGUCGCAGUCACAGUCGCGAAAGGAAGAGAAGUAGAAGCAAAGAGCGUAGGCGCAGCAAAGAACGAGAAAGGAGGAGAAGCAGGAGCAGAGAGAGAAAAAGCAGCAAGAGCAGAGAACAUCGUCGCAGCCGAAGCAAGGACCGUCGGAGGGUAGAAAGAGGCCGUUACAGGAGUCCUUUUUCUGGUCCAAAAUUCAGCAGUGGUAGCAGCAGCAGAGGGAAGAUUGGCAUGCAACCUGGUAUCAAAAUAAGUCGAAGGCGCUCUCGAAGCAGAAGCCCACAUAAGAAGGAUAAAAGUCCAAUAAGAGAGCCAAUCGAUAACAUUUCACCUGAAGAAAGAGAUGCCCGCACAGUCUUUUGUAUGCAGCUAGCAGCACGGAUUCGACCAAGAGACUUGGAGGAGUUCUUUUCUUCUGUAGGAAAGGUUCGAGAUGUAAGAAUGAUAUCAGAUAGGAAUUCGAGACGCUCGAAAGGAAUUGCUUAUGUAGAAUUCGUCGAUGUGAGUUCUGUUCCACUUGCAAUAGGUUUGACAGGGCAGAAGCUGCUUGGUGUGCCAAUUAUUGUGCAGGCUUCACAGGCUGAGAAGAACCGAGCUGCUGCCCUUGCAAACAACCUCCAGAAAGGUACUGCAGGACCAAUGAGGCUAUAUGUAGGAUCUUUGCACUUCAAUAUCACUGAAGAAAUGCUGAGAGGAAUUUUUGAACCCUUUGGUAGAAUUGAAAACAUACAACUGAUGAUGGAUAGUGAAACUGGCCGGUCAAAAGGCUAUGGAUUCAUAACGUUUUCUGAUGCUGAGUGUGCAAAGAAGGCUUUGGAACAAUUGAAUGGUUUCGAGCUUGCUGGUAGGCCAAUGAAGGUUGGCCAUGUUACAGAACGAUCUGAUUCUUCUAAUGCCAGUUCAUUUCUAGACAGUGAUGAACUGGAAAGGACCGGUAUUGAUCUUGGAACGACGGGGCGUCUGCAGCUGAUGGCUCGGUUGGCAGAAGGAACAGGAUUACAAAUUCCACCAGCAGCACAGCAGGCUUUGCAGAUGAGUGGCAACAUUUCACUGGGCACCAUGGCAGCAGUAACAGAUCAAGGCUGUAGUGAUGUCUGGAGCCGAGUGGUCCUGGGGGAACCCAAACUGAACAUCAAUGAACAAGUUAUUGAUUUGCAGACCAGAAUUAUCCAGCAGACUGAAGCACUGAAUCCUCCUGUGGCUGUGAAUGCUCCACCAAUAGCGACACAGUGUUUCCAACUGUCCAACAUGUUUAACCCACAAUCGGAAGACGAUCCAGCCUGGGACCAAGAAAUCCGAGAUGAUGUAAUUGAAGAAUGCAACAAGCAUGGAGGAGUAAUUCACAUAUUUGUGGAUAAAAAUUCACCCCAGGGAAAUGUGUACGUGAAAUGUCCUACCAUUGCUGCUGCAGCAGCAGCUGUUGGCGCCUUACAUGGAAGGUGGUUUGCUGGAAAAAUGAUCACUGCUGCCUAUGUGCCACUUCCAACCUACCACAAUCUCUUCCCAGACUCGAUGACAACUGCCCAGCUGCUGACUCCGGCAAGGCGAUAGGAGCUGCAGGGGAACUGAAAUUCCAAGAACUUGGAGGAAUGUGGACAAUUACAUAGUGGUUGCCUGUACAAACGAUGCAAGCGGAAAGUAUCGGGGGAAAACUCUUACAACUCCCAAUGGACUUCAGACAAAUGUUUUUUUUCAAUCUUGCCAAGCCCUAGUGGAAGGAAAAUAAAAUGGCAGAAGUAGAUUUACACAAGCGCCCUAAGGCUGUUUUAUUUUGAUUUUGGUGCAGUGUACCACAUUUUGACUACACAGUAAUGUUGAUAAUCCAAUCAGGAAAAAAAAACAAAGCCUGCAAUAUUGAAAGAUGGUGUGCACCUUUCUUGGGGGUUUUGAACUUAUUUUUGUGGUUCCUGUGAUAAGACUAAGACUACUGCAGUCAGGUAGACUAUAGAAAUAUCUCUGCACUCGUUACCCUUCUUAAGUUACAUGUUUUGUUGAUUUUUGGUGCUCUUCUGAUGAAACUUCAGAUGAGCUUUUUUUAAAAUAUCAGUUUAUAAAUUUUGUGAAAAUACUUAUUGCAUUAAAGUGAGUUAUUGGAAAAGGUAAUCUUUGAAUACGUAGGUUACAGCUCUUGUGAAUUAAAGACCACACAGUAAAUACUCAGACCACUGAUCGUUCACUGCAUUUAUUCUGCUGACUGUGGAGUUCUAGUUGAUUCAGUAAUAUAAGGGUGAGUGACCCAGAAGGCAAGUUAUGUGGUGUGUUGUUGUGAGUUUACAUACAGUUGAGGCUGGGGAUCUGGAGAAAGAAAGAAGCCCAGUUAAGCUUAAGAAUAACUGGAAAAGUGGCCAUCUGUGGCUACACCAGAUUUUUUUCCUUCAGUUAUUGCUGGUGAUCAUAUUACCAACCAUCUUUUGACCGAGGAAUUGAUAGCUGAAGUUAAGGUGCAAAGAAGCUAUGCUGAUGUCCAGAAAAUUGGAUUUGUAGCAAUUGUGGAUUUGACUACUUCCCAUUCCAUGUUGAGAAAAGUUAAAUGGAGUGGUGUUCUAUAUCAGUAUCGGUCUAGGGCUGUCUAAAGAUCACCAUGCCUAGUUCUGGAAAGUGUUAAUACUAGGUUUGGCUAGCAUUCUUAUGACCAAAGUUUGGGAUUUUCAUUAAAUAAAAGGCAAACUGCAAAAGAAAUGGAGUUCUAAAUAAUCUUUGUGUACAGUUGGUCUCUAGGUGACAUUUUCAGAUUAAAGCUUAUUGUAUAUACAGUUUGCCUUUUUUGGUCUGUUCUCAAUGCUAAUUUUCACUUACACCCACCCCAGUCAAAAUGAACUUUCCUUAUGUAAAUACAGUUAUAAGUGAUGUGCUAUCCUUGUGCUUCCAUAGGAUCUAGGCCAGACAAACUUAAUUUUACCAAUAAAAAAAAAUGUCAACAUUUGGCUGAAUAACAAUGGGUGUAAGAGCAAAAUAUGAAGUCCACAAUAGCGCUGAGUGAGAAAUGAAAUACUCCUACAUCAAUCAAGUAGGAAGGAAGCUGCUAACAGCUACAGACCUGAGUAAUCCCUCUCUGACUUGAUUGAGAUAUUAGUGCCCAAUGUUUUUAAUUGAUGGAAGGAAUUGGGAGGAGGUUGUCACUGCACAGUAGUUGACUCCGUAAUCUGGCUUAAAUUGGAGGUUUUUUUCAACUAAUUGCAUGUUCAUUUUUUAAAAAUUGUCAAAUAAGAUGAAAGCCAAAUAAUAAUCACUUCAGCGCAUCUUCUAUUCGAUAUUAAUUACAGGUAAGCAGAGUCUGUAAUUUAAUUUUAUGCGUUUAGAACCCUAGGCCAGUUUAAUAGUUGUUUCUCACUGCCUUUUGAUGUAGAAAGUGUUAUACAGGAAAAAAAACAUUGGAAAGGUUCAUUAAUAACAAUUUGUUUAUAAAUGCACACUAAGAAAUUAAGAUGAAAAGGGUAACAGUAAUUUUGUCUGGCCGUGCGUGGUGUUUCUUGCUGUUUUUUUUAAGCUCUGUGAGCUCCAGAGUGUAAACAUUACCUGAUUUUUUUUUUCCCUCUGUAGUGUGAUUCAAAAGCAGCCUGGUAUUUCUAUUCAAAAGUAAGGAUUUUGUAAUUGGUACAAAUUUUGUAUAAAAAAAAAUGCAAAAUCAUUCAAUAAAUAAAAGAAAAAACA